AGUGCAGCUAUGCCUUGGAGACGAAAGCAUUUUAGGAAGAGAAAGAUCAAUAGACUAUAGAUACAGUCGGAUUCAAAGUUUCAAGCGUGCAUCUUAUUCCCAGUAAACCAGGGUUUUAUUUUACUGGCACCUAUCUUUUUUCGUGCCUUUAUUGUUUUUAAACGCAAAGAUGCCCAAAGGUUUCUUGGUGAAAAGGAACAGAAAGGCAACCCACGUCUCCUACAGGAUUCGCAGCGAUGAGGAAAGCGACGAAAAAAAAGAUCAGGCUUUGCUGAGAAAAAGCGAGCAGCCCUCACCAGCUUCCGCCGCAUCCAGCCCCGACCACGAAGGAGCAUCACCAAAGCCGGUGGCGGACACGCCAGUCGCGGCUCCGGAUGCUAAACCUAUCCAGUUCGGCAACCCGGAGGCUGUGUACCAAGGACUCUACAGCCCCACCCGGCCUGUCAGUAAAGAGCACGAGAGAAGAUAUUUCGACAGAAGUUUCAAUCUGGGCUCGCCUAUUUCCGCUGAAUCAUUCCCGACACCCGCCGCUCUCACCACUUUAGAUCAGCUUCUGUUUGCUCCCGUGGACUUAAAAAUUGGCACCAGCAACAGCAACCGCAGCGGUACCACCAGCAGCAUCACUGCCACUGCCAUCAGGAACGCCAUCAAAAGGCCAUCAUCCGAUAAUGAGCGGAAGGGGAAACCUGCCGCGAAGAAACCAAAAGCAAUCAGAAAGCUCAAUUUCGAAGAUGAAGUUACAACUUCGCCCGUGCUUGGUCUGAAAAUAAAAGAAGGUCCGGUCGAUCUAAAGCCGAGACCACUGUCAUCCGGAGGAAACAAGCCUUUAGGCGAGUUCAUCUGUCAGCUGUGCAAGGAAGAAUAUGUCGACCCGUUUUCUUUAGCUCAGCACAAGUGCUCCAGGAUAGUUAGGGUUGAAUAUAGGUGUCCUGAAUGUGACAAAGUCUUCAGCUGCCCGGCAAAUCUUGCGUCACACAGGCGUUGGCACAAACCUAGACCGCAAAACGCAACAAUAUCGGCUGCACAGAAUACCAAAACUGAUAUCGCCAAGAUGCCUUCAAGUAUCAAGGCUAUGUCCGAAGACGAAAAGGAAACAAGGAGUGAGCUUGCUAGUGACAGGGACACCCCCAGCCCCGGUCUGUCGGAGUCCGGAUCCGAAGAUGGUCUCUACGAUUGUCACCAAUGCGGGAAAAAGUUUAAGCGCCAGGCCUACCUUAGAAAGCAUCUUUUGGGACACCAAUCUCUGCAGAAUAAAAUACACGAAGACCAGGAAUUCCAAAACGCGGUGAAGGAGGAGACACUUAGCCCGAUUUCUGUUUCAGACGAAAGCCAAAGCCUAGGUCCCUUGAAUCUAAGCCCAGUGGAAUGUCUGCUAUGCCCGGUGUGUGGCGAGAAUUUCCCCAACAGGGCUAGCCAAGAGCGGCAUCUUCGCCUGCUGCACACGUCCCAAGUUUUCCCCUGUAAAUACUGCCCCACCACUUUCUACAGCUCACCGGGACUUACAAGGCACAUUAACAAAUGCCACCCCUCGGAAAAUAGGCAGGUCAUCCUCCUCCAAAUGCCCGUGCGCCCUGCUUGCUAAACACAAGUCGUGCCUUGGGAAAAGAGUAGCACCUCCACCACAAUAAGAACUACGUGCAGCACAAAAGUUCAGGUUGUCUAUGUGUCGGAGGGUUUACCUUUCCUUUCAAACCAAUCAAUGGCUAACGAAAUUUUAUGGAACUAUAACUUGAAGCAUAUAUUUUCAGAUUUCUUUUCAAUUAGAAAAAAAUCAAGACGUUAGAUUGACUGUUAAAAGUAUUUUUCUAGGACCGCUGAACACGUGUUAAUGUAUUAGCUUCUAGACCUAAGAAAUGGUUAUUAUAAUGUAGGUGUACCUGUUGGCAUAAAAGCCUUUAAUUCACAUGCUGUACAUGUAUCUUUCAAUCUAGCUUUAUUAUAGCUUGUGAAACGCUGGACAUUUUGCCCCAUCUUGAAAUAAAUCAGACUCAUUUAAAUUUAGUGUAGCCACAAAUGCCUUUAGACUUAAACACGUGAAUGAUGCUGUAAAACUGCCUUAAAAAAGUUGUCAAAUAAUGAUUGUUUUUCUAAUGAAGUUGGCACAUAUUUUAUUAUCGUUAUCAAUCGGAUUGCAAUGUUUCUUCAUUAUAUGUAUUUAUUUAUUUAUUCAAAAGUGAUAAUUUUAUGUAAAUUAUUGUGUUGUGUGAUUUAUUCGGUGAGUCAUUCUGGCAUUUUAUGUCGUAGCCAAAUGUUUCCUCUGUCAUAUUUAUAUAUAAGUUGUUUUAAAUGUUGUAGAUGGUUUACAAAUUUACUACAAUCUACACAGCUCUUGUAAAACGUAAAGCUCUUAGGCGCAGUCUUUUCUAUUCACAGGCUAUUUUCUUAAAUGUUAGCUUUUCUAGCGCUUUAAUCGUAUGUUCCAACUGUGUUGCCUA